AUGGUUAUGGAGAUGGAGGAAGGUGUUAAAGACAAUAGUGCAGUAUCAACACCUAAAUCAAGACACACAAACCAAUCUAGAUCUCUUUUACCGAUUCGUCUCCUUCAGAUUUUGUUACUCUUGCUUGUUUUGACUCUUGGUAUCUCUGUCGUUGGUAUACACAUGAUCAAGUUCUUGAAGUUUCAACAUUUGGAUCCUGUUGCUCCAACAACUUUGAUCUCUAUGUAUGAUCAUGGUACUGUUGCUUUAGAUAGCUUUAUUAGACCUCCUUUGAAUGUUUGGCACACAAUGAAUGAUAGUGAAUUGCUUUGGCGAGCUUCGAUGGUUCCACGGAGAAAUGGUUAUCCGUUUAAACGAGUUCCUAAGCUUGCUUUCAUGUUUCUAACCAAAGGGUCUUUACCAUUUGCUCCACUUUGGGAAAUGUUCUUUAAAGGAAAUGAAGGUCUUUACUCAAUCUAUGUUCAUUCAUUGCCGAAUUACAAAUCGAGUUUUUCGAAGUCAUCUGUGUUUUACAGAAGAUAUAUCCCAAGUCAGGCUGUGGCAUGGGGAGAGAUGAGUAUGGCUGAAGCUGAAAGGAGACUUCUGGCUAAUGCGUUGCUCGAUAUCUCUAACGAAUGGUUUGUUCUGGUUUCUGAAUCAUGUGUUCCUCUGCGUGGUUUCGGCUUUAUCUAUAAUUAUAUCUCUGGAUCAAGAUAUAGUUUCAUGGGUUGUGCUGAUGAGGAAGGUCGUGACGGAAGAGGAAGAUAUAACAUUGAAAUGGAACCUGAGAUCACGCUUAGCCAGUGGCGAAAAGGGUCUCAGUGGUUUGAAAUUAACCGGAAACUCGCUCUUGAGAUUGUUCAAGACACAACUUACUAUCCCAAAUUCAAAGAGUUUUGUAAACAACCAUGUUAUAAUGAUGAACAUUACUUCCCAACAAUGCUGGCUGUUAAACAUCGGAUUUUGUUGGCUAACCGGACAUUAACAUGGACAGAUUGGUCACGCGGUGGUGCUCAUCCCGCUACUUUUGGCAAAGCUGAUGUAACGGAAACUUUUCUCAAGAAGCUUCCUGGAGCUAAAUCCUGCCUCUACAAUGAUCAGCAGUCUCAAGUCUGUUAUCUCUUUGCUAGAAAGUUUUCUCCGAGCGCAUUAGAGCCCUUAUUGAAACUUGCACCUAAGAUUCUUGGGUUCUAA